UCAGAGCCCGGCCAACAGAAGUUACCAGUUCCAUCGAGCGGAAAAGGAACGUCUCCAGAGCUUCAGCCUGCGUGUCGUGCGGAGAUAGAAGUAUCGUCUUCAAAUGCGAGCGUCGCACACAUUACCAGUGCGCGACAAGCAGCAUGAGCAACGCAGAGAGCGCUACCAAACCGCUCCAGAGGACAGGGCACGUCGCCACUUCGUACAAGAACGGCGUGCUCGUCUGGGGAGGUUACCGGGUAGGUUCGUCAGAGGAGGACCAUUUGCGACGCCGGCGAUUCCCGCAGCAGGCGGCGGAGACGGAGCGAUCGACGAGGUACCUGCCCGGCAAUGAGCUCUGGUUCUACGAUACUUUCCUCGAGAGAUGGACCCUACGCACCCUGACUGGUGAUGUCCCACCAGGCACGUCGGGUGCGGUGGCCCGAGUGCUGGGGGACACGAUGUACCUGUUUGGUGGAUUCCACGCCGACCGCAACACCAACCAGCUGUACCGACUCGACCUGAUCACGCUCGCGUGGGAGCUGGUGGACGCGCAGGGAAACCUUCCGAUCCCUUGUGACAAGACAGCUGGUUGGACGCACCAGGACUGUCUGUACGUGUUUGGUGGGUUUGGCAUGGCGCCACGUGCGGGAGUGCAACGGCCGCUGGACUUUGCCUACGUCCAUGACAUGCAAGCACCUUGGAGGGGAUGGACCAACCAGUUGGUGGUGUUCAACACCCACACCAACACUUGGAACUGGCCCAUGUACAAGGGCCGAGCACCGGUGGCCCGAGCAGCUCAUGCGGCUGCGCAAAUUGACAACCUGGUCUUCGUCUUUGGUGGUCGGCACCAGCAGAGUAGGCUUAACGACAUCCACCGGCUGGACCUUGAUGCUAUGCAGUGGAGCGGCAUGUUGGACACCAUUGGUGAGAAGCCGCGUGGUCGGUCAUGGCACAGUUUCACGGCCCUUCCUCCAUUCCGCAUCGUCCUCUAUGGAGGGUUCAGCCAAACGGAGGAACCACUUUCUGACUGCUGGCUAUUUGUGGUUCCUGCCCUGACUUGGGUCCGCGUGGAGUUGCAACUUCCUCCACGGCUCUGGCACUCGGCCUGCCUCAGCUGCGAGAAUGAGGUCAUCGUGUUUGGUGGCUGUGCGGGGAACAUCUUUCAGCGUGGCGGCAUCCAUGCGGAAGACACGAUCAUCACGCUGUCCUUUUCGCCAAGAAGUCUCUAUCGGAUCUGCCUGGAACAAGUUCUACGACUCAGGCAUCUUCUCCAGUCACAGUGGCCGAUGCUGCCUCCGUCUGUCCGAGACACGCUGUACCUCAUGCACGGGAACACACAGGGCUCCAGGCUUGAUGGAUCAUGAACAACGAGACCCACCCUUGCUCACAUGAAUGAUGAUGCAAUAUGAACUUGUAUAUAAAAUUGACAGAAAGAGCUCUAAUUUAUAAGGCAGAGUAAAAAAGAAAUUCCAUCAAC